AGAGAGGAGCUGGGCUAAGAGAGAGAGAGAGGAACUGCUGGCAUACUGAAGACAAACAGAAGACCUGUGAGCCAUCAUUUGCACAAAGGGUGAAUUGAAAAAAUUAAAAGAACAUUCGUACAAGUACCUGGGAAUCUGUGUACUGCUGAGCUCACAGAGAGGCUGCCUUAAGGAUGAAGACAACGUUCUGGGCUCCAAAAGUACUUUCAGGUUUGUCCUUUCCUCUGCCUUUGAGUCACUGAUGAAGGUGUCACCAUGGCCACAGAAAUACCAGAGGACCUUUGAAGAGUGAACUUUCCAAACCACUGGUUCGGUUUGUGAGAAAAAGCCACCGAGGAUCAAAGAAGCCCUCCACCUCAACAAGAAAUCAGCUGGCAUUUCACAGUCCAAGGAUUAGGCCUCGGGAAGAAUAACCAAUCAUGACUUUUCCAAGAGGCGAACAAGGAAAACUUCUGCUGAAUAAUUCCUGCAGAGUUCAUCACUGAAGAGUGACGUGCCCAGAGGUGAGAGGAGGAAUCACAAGCAAAAUGAAGGAGGAAUUAAAUAAUGGAAAUGAACCAUCAACCUGAUUGAUUCCUGAUUGUCCCUUUUUCUCUGCGGGGUAUCGGACCAGCCUUUGAGAUUCUUCUGCUUCUUUUAAAAAACCCUCAGUUUUUCUUACUCCAGGUCUUACUUUGAAACAACACCAGAAACGCAGUACGAAGGAUCAUACAAAAACAAAAACUACACAGAAUGAUCGAGAGUUCACACAAACAGAGUCUUCAGGUGAUAAAAAUCGCCUUGGGUUCCGUAUAUUCCCUCAGAUUCUUUCUGUGAGACCUUGGAUUAACUUUCAUGUUCUUUCAAAGAGAAUAUUUUUUUAAAGCUGGUGGAAUUUAACUUUGAGAAAAAAGAAAAAAAAGAAAAACUUUGUCUUCAUGUGUCUGCAGUUUUACAUGUAGACCAAGGUUGGAUUUUAUCUUUUGGUGGUUGUAAAGACAAUGGCUCCCUCUUGGACGAUAGGACGCUGGACAUUGGUGGCAGCUCUCUGUUUGCUCAGCGGUUGUUUCUUUGGUUGGUGCGAGGCCUCAAGGACUAGUGGUCCAACCAAAGGAGGAAGUCAACAGGAGCACGGAACCUCAUCCCUUGAACGCGUCAAGAGAGGAUGGGUGUGGAACCAGUUCUUCGUGGUGGAGGAGUACACGGGCACUGAGCCGCUGUACGUGGGGAAGAUUCAUACGGACUCUGAUGAAGGCGAGGGCAACAUCAAGUACACCAUCUCUGGAGAAGGUGCCGGUUCCAUCUUCAUCAUUGACGAGCUGACGGGAGACAUUCAUGCUACGGAGAGACUGGAUCGCGAGGAGAAAGCUUUUUAUACGCUCCGCGCUCAGGCUCGGGACCGCCUCUCCAACGACCCUCUGGAGCCAGAGUCGGAGUUUGUCAUCAAGGUGCAGGACAUAAACGACAGCGAGCCCAAGUUCUUGGCAGGACCCUACAUCGGCAGCGUGGCAGAGCUGUCGCCCAUAGGAACGUCUGUCAUGAAUGUCACUGCAUCUGACGCCGAUGAUCCUACGUACGGCAGCAGUGCGAGAGUGGUGUACAGUGUUCUGGACGGAGAGAAGUUUUUCACGGUGGACAGACACACAGGCAUCAUCAGGACGGCGGUGGCAGAUCUGGACCGUGAGACGCAGGAUCGUUACGAGCUGGUCGUCAAGGCAACAGACAUGGCAGGACAAAUGGGCGGUCUCUCGGGCUCCACCACGGUGACCAUCGUGAUCACAGACGUUAACGACAACCCGCCGCGCUUCCCCCAGAAGAUGUACCAGUUCACUGUGUCAGAGGGAUCAGCCGUCGGGACACCAGUCGGACGCAUCAUCGCCACAGACACGGACAUGGGAGAGAACACCGACAUGACCUAUCUGAUCAGGGACGGGGGAGACCUCUUCAAGGUCACCACUGAUAUGGAGACACAGGAAGCUGUUGUCUCCAUCAAGAAGGCCCUGGACUUUGAGAGCAGACGCACACACAACGUGGUGGUUGAGGCCGUCAACAAGCACGUGGACCCCCGCUUCGUGGACCUGGGCACCUUCAAGGACCAGACCAUUGUGCGGGUCAGCGUCUCAGACGUGGAUGAGCCGCCCAUCUUUCAGCCCGCCGACGGCACCAUCAUGGAGGUGCAGGAGGACACCAGAGUGGGGGCGCUAGUCGGGAUCGUCACUGCCAGAGAUCCAGAUGUGAUGAACGCGCCCGUCAGAUUCUCCAUCGAUCGAACCACAGACCAGGAGAUGAUCUUCCAUAUUGAUCCAGAUUCUGGAGUAAUCACACUGGGGAAGAUUCUGGAUCGUGAAAUAGCGGGCUGGCACAAUAUCACAGUGAAGGCCGUAGAAGCAGAUAAUCACACCAUGGCCUCACACACCGCCGUGAGUAUUCGGAUUUUGGACGUUAACGACAAUCCUCCUGAACUGGCCACGCCCUAUGAAGCCUCCAUAUGUGAAGAUGCCAAAGCAGGCCAGUUAAUCCACACCAUCAGCGUGGUGGAUAAGGACGAACCACAGUCUGGACAUCGUUUCUUCUUUGCCCUGGCCCCCGAAGCGUCUGGUAACCGGCACUUCACUCUCCGGGAUGUCAAAGACAACACAGCAGGCAUCAUGACACAGCGGUCCGGCUUUAACCGACACGAGCAGAAUGUCUACUUCCUUCCCAUCCUGGUGGAGGACAGCGGACCCCCGUCUCUGAGCUCUACCAACACGCUGACGAUUCAUAUCUGUGGCUGCGACCCAGAUGGAGCAAUCCAGUCCUGCAACGCCACAGCAUAUGUCAUGAGUGCUGCUCUCAGCCCUGGGGCACUUAUAGCACUACUGGUCUGCAUCCUCAUCCUCAUAGUCCUCUUGCUGCUGAUCCUGACCCUCAAACGCCACAGGAAGGGCCAGAAGAUGACAGAGGAUGAGGAGGACAUGAGGGACAACGUCAUCAAGUACAAUGACGAGGGCGGAGGAGAGCAGGACACUCAGGCCUACGACAUGAGUGCCCUGAGAAACCUUUACGACUUCCCUGAGGCCAAGAACUCUGACUCUGGUCCAGACCUUCUCUCACUGCCACAGUGGAUGCAGGCGAGCAGAGCGCCGUUUUUCGUGGACGCUGCAGCCGCAGCCGCAGCCACGGCCGACUUCUCCCUGUUUAAAGGCUACAUCAAAAAGAAAGUAGAGCAGGCUGACGCCGACCUGUCCGUUCCCCCGUACGACUCCUUCCAGACGUACGCCUUUGAGGGCAGCAGUUCUCCGGCACUUUCGCUCAGCUCCAUCCACACGCUCUCCACGACAUCGGAGCAGGAUUUCUCCUACCUCAGCGACUGGGGACCACGUUUCAGGCAACUGGCAGGCUACUACGCUCCAGGAAACCCUGAGGAGGAAGGAUCCUAGCAGAGAUUCUCCUCUGCUUAAUAAACAUUAAAAUUUCCUCUCCCUUUUUUCCUCCUCCUCCGUCUCCCCCUCUCAUCCUCUGGCCCUCUAUGGAGACCAUCAGAGGCAGCACUGUGUACCCCCUUAAAACAGAGCACAGCUUCUUUAUCUCUUUGAAAGAAAGUUCUCAGUGUCAAAGUUUGAACUUUGAAUUUUUUUAUUUUAAACUUUUCUGAUUGGUUUUAUGACUUUUUUUUUUUCUAAACAUAAAAGCUUUGAUGAGGAUUUUAAACCACUGCUGUUAAGGCAAGUGAAAGGGAUUUUUCUUUUCAUCUUUAAUAUCAUAAAUAAAAAAGUAAUUUCAUUAUACUUUGAGAUGGUUUUAGGAGUAAAACAGAAAGAGAGCAAAAACAUGUCAAGACAAACUGCUCUGACCGACAUGUAUUUAUUCACAGAGGGGAUAUUUAUGUAUUUAUUUGUUUUUAUGUAUUUAUUUAUUUAUUCACACCAUGACACUUUUGAUAGUAGAGAGAGCAAAAUGGAACGGAGGACGUUGACAUUACAAUAUAGGACAGAGAGACAACUGAGGGGAGAAGGGACUGUGGGGCCAGAGGACACUGCUGACACAGAAUUGGAGGCUGGCUCAUUUAAGAAUUUACCGUCUGGAUAAUAUUUGUAUUUAUUUUCUAUGGCCACUUUUGUAAAAAUAAUAAUGAUGAUAAUAGCCUUCCUAAGACUGAUAACAGAGUAAAAAAAGGCAAAGAAAUCAGUUACAGUGAAGGGAAACUGUUUUGUCUCGACACAUCAUGCCGACACACUUUUGCUGUACUUUGGUGAUUCAUUGUGGGGGUUUAAGAAGGUCACAAACUGAGGACAAGUGUGUGUUCAAUUUAUUUUCUUAUCCUCUCCAGAGCCAUUUGUAAGGCAAUAAGGCACAAACUGCAGCAGUGAUUUAAGACUAAUCAAAAUGACAGUUUCAUGGAAUUGGCCAAUGGCCAGCUUCGUCCCACUGAGAGCCAAUCUUCAAUCCAGAUGUGUGUGUGUGUGUGUGUGUGUGUGUGUUUGUCAGUGGAAGUGUGUGUCAUGAGUGGUUACACUCAUGUUUAUGUGUGUGUGUGUAUAUGUUUAUUUUGUUUGUUGAGUUGAUUUUGUUGUCCUGGGAAAUUUGGUUAUGUUUUUGAUAUUACGCUUCCCUUUAUAUUAUGGGAGAGUGGGUUAAUAAUGAGAACAAUGGUUGUAUCUAAUUAAGAGGAAAGAAUUAUCCAGACACUAUUCAAUGUUUACUUUAAACACAAAAUUUAGUGAAUAUAAGAAGAAAAUGACAAAAAUAAAUACUUAAUUUUUGGUUAAAA